AUGAAGGAAGGAAACGAUGGGUUUGUUCGAGCAGAUCAGAUUGAUCUAAAGAGCUUAGAUGAGCAACUGGAGAGACAUUUGAGCAGAGCUUUGACUCUAGAGAAGAACAGAAAGAGAGACGAAGAAGAUUCCGCCGCCAUCGGAGCCUCCGCCUCAUCCUCUCCCGUCGCAAUCAACGGCGGUUUCGUAGGGCAGCAGAGGAAGCAGAGACUGGAGUGGGAGAUCGACCCUUCUAAGCUUAUCAUCAAAACUGUUCUCGCACGUGGCACAUUCGGUACCGUUCAUCGUGGUAUCUACGACGGUCAAGAUGUCGCCGUGAAGCUGCUUGAUUGGGGUGAAGAAGGACAUAGAUCAGAAGCUGAGAUUGUGUCGUUGAGAGCAGAUUUUGCUCAAGAAGUUGCUGUUUGGCAUAAACUUGAUCAUCCUAAUGUCACUAAGUUCAUAGGAGCAACAAUGGGAGCAUCAGGUUUACAGCUACAAACAGAGAGUGGUCCAUUAGCAAUGCCAAACAACAUAUGCUGUGUUGUUGUUGAGUAUCUUCAAGGCGGUGCUUUGAAAUCUUUCUUGAUCAAGAACAGAAGAAGAAAACUAGCAUUCAAAGUUGUUGUUCAGCUCGCUCUUGACCUCGCUCGAGGGUUGAGUUAUCUUCAUUCUCAGAAGAUUGUUCACAGAGACGUGAAGACAGAGAACAUGUUGCUAGACAAAUCAAGAACUGUGAAAAUCGCUGAUUUCGGAGUCGCCAGAGUCGAAGCAUCAAACCCUAAUGACAUGACUGGAGAGACUGGUACACUUGGCUACAUGGCUCCUGAGGUUCUUAAUGGAAACCCGUAUAAUCGUAAAUGCGACGUAUACAGUUUCGGGAUCUGCUUAUGGGAGAUCUAUUGCUGUGACAUGCCUUACCCUGACCUAACCUUCUCUGAAGUCACUUCAGCCGUCGUUCGCCAGAACUUGAGACCUGACAUACCGAGGUGCUGCCCGAGCGCGCUUGCGGCUGUGAUGAAGCGGUGCUGGGACGCGAACCCGGACAAGAGACCGGAGAUGGACGAGGUUGUGCCGAUGCUGGAGAGUAUUGAUACGAGCAAAGGAGGAGGGAUGAUACCUGUGGACCAGCAGCAAGGCUGCCUCUGCUUCCGAAGGAAACGUGGUCCUUAA